AUGGCGUCAAAGCAACAAAGCCGAGAAGAGCUUGAUGAGAAGGCCAAGCAAGGAGAAACCGUCGUACCAGGUGGCACCGGCGGAAAAAGCCUCGAAGCUCAAGAGCAUCUCGCUGAAGGAAGGAGCAAAGGAGGAGAGACGAGGAAAGAGCAGUUAGGGACUGAGGGUUAUAAGGAGAUGGGACACAAAGGAGGAAGCAAAGGAGGAGAGACAAGGAAGGAGCAGCUUGGAACCGAGGGUUAUAAGGAGAUGGGACACAAAGGAGGAGAAGCGAGGAAAGAGCAGCUUGGCACUGAGGGUUAUAAGGAAAUGGGACGUAAAGGAGGACUCAGUACGAUGGAAAAAUCUGGUGGAGAGCGUGCGGAGGAAGAAGGGAUUGACAUCGACGAGUCCAAGUUCACAAACAAGUGA